ACAUCGGACGAGCUAUCACAACAUUGGUCAUUUGUCUGGCAACGAAUCACAUCAAAAUUAUAUAUUGAGCAACUGGUUGUGUGCAGCAGGGAAUUGUGUUCGAUUGACAUUGACUGCGGCCGGCAUCAACAUGGGGGUUCCCAAAUUUUAUCGUUGGAUAUCUGAGAGAUAUCCCUGCCUGUCAACAGUGGCUCGAGAAUAUCAGGAAGCGGCAAGGAUUACUCGUAUAAUGUCCGGAUUAGUCAUUUAUGACGCAGACUUUUCGACGGCCAAGAGAGCUGAUCUAUACGUGGAAAUAGAAAAAAAGGCCACUUCUAUUGUAGCCACUUCUCAUAUCGGAGUUGACGAGGAAAUGGUGCCGCGUUUAAUUAUUAUCAAAACUUUCGCAAAAAGCACAUCUUAUUGUGGGGUUUUGAAUAAAUAUAGGUGGAAUGACAGAGCUAAAAUCUGCAUCAUAUGUUUAGCCCACGUAUAACGACACAAGAUGACGUUACCCGAUUUCGACAAUCUCUACCUCGACAUGAAUGGAAUUAUUCAUUUGUGCUCACAUCCAAAUGACACGGAUGCUCAUUUCCGUAUCUCUGAAGAAGAAAUCUUCAAGAAUAUUUUCGAUUACAUCGAUUUCAUCUUUAGGAUGGUUAAACCGAGAAAAUGCUUUUUUAUGGCCAUCGAUGGUGUCGCACCACGCGCUAAAAUGAACCAGCAAAGAGAUCGUCGUUUCAGAGCGGCGAAGGAGGCGGAAGAAAUGGAAAAAGAGGCCAAAGAGAAGGGUGAAAUAUUGCCGACAGAGAGCCGUUUUGACUCUAAUUGCAUCUCGCCAGGAACGGAGUUCAUGGAGAGGCUUCACGACAAGCUGAAAUAUUUUGUCGUAAAAAAGCUCUCGGAAGAUGCAGUGUGGCAAGUAGAAGGUCUAAAGGUUUACCUAAGCGGACACAACGCGCCUGGUGAAGGGGAGCACAAAGCCAUGGACUUUAUCAGAUACGUCAGGUCACAAGAAGGUUACGAUCCGAAUACUCGUCACUGCAUUUAUGGACAAGAUGCCGAUUUGAUCAUGCUAGCACUCUGCACUCAUGAGCCACAUAUUGCGCUACUUCGAGAGGAAGUGGUUUUUGGUAAACGAACUGAGAAGCGUAUACAGAGCGCGGAUAAAGUGACAUUUCACAUAUUGCACAUAAGUCUCCUUCGGGAAUACCUAGAUCACGAAUUUGCUCAGCUGAAGGAACCAGGAAUUUUAAAGCAGGGUUACAACCUUGAGAAUAUUAUCGACGACUGGCUUCUCAUGUGUUUUUUAGUCGGUAACGAUUUUCUGCCGCAUUUGCCAAAUCUACACAUUGCUCAUGACGCUCUACCGAUUUUGCAUCAAACUUAUUGUGAUGUUAUGCCGGAUCUUGAUGGGUACCUUCAUGACAGAGGGCAGCUAAACUUGAGGAACUUCGAGGUAUUCAUGCGCAAGUUGGGUGAACGCGAUAUAGAAUUAUUCAAAAACCAAAAGACAGGUCAAAGAUAUCUUAAAGGCAAAGUGAGCAAAGAAACGCUGGAUGCGGUCAGAACGAAAUUCCCAAAUCUCGACAUUCCUGUCUCCGACAGCGAUGAACUAUCAAGUGACGACACCUCGCAAGAAGAAUUUCUCCAACAUAAGCGACACUACUACAUGACGAAAAUGGGCUACAGUGAGGUGACAGAAAAGGAACUUCGCGAGCAGACAGAAUGUUAUAUUCGAGCUGUUCAGUGGAAUCUUCACUAUUAUUAUAAUGGUGUACAGAGUUGGAGCUGGUAUUACCCCUAUCAUUAUUCUCCGUACAUCUCAGACAUCAAGGAUUUUGGCGAUCUUAAGCUUGGCUUUGAAAUGGGUAAGCCAUUUCUGCCUUUUCAACAGCUUGUGUCCAUCAUGCCUGCCGCAUCAAGCGCGUUAGUCCCGCAGGCGUACAGAGGUUUGAUGCUCAAUCCUGAUUCACCAUUACGGGAAUAUUUCCCCGACACUUUCGAGACGGAUCUCAACGGUAAAACACAACAAUGGGAAGCAGUCGUGUUGAUCAAAUAUAUCGAAGAAGACAUUCUGCUUAAUUCUAUGGCGGCAUAUGACAAUAGGCUUUCAGAAAGAGAGAAGUCUCGCAACCAGCACGGACCGCAUAUGUUAUUCGAAUACAGCCCAAAAAGGCAAAAAUCGUUUCCGUCUCCAAAACACAAGUGCUUUCCGCACAUAAAGAUAUCGCACGCAAAGUGCACCGAAGUACCCAAUGACACGUUUCGCAUACAAAAGCACACCAUUAAAAAAGGUCGUUUAGCAAACACAAAGGACAGCCUAUACUUUCCGGGUUUUCCCUCCCUUCGGUAUAUCCAGCACAAAACCCGCCUGGUAAAGGAAGGAUGCACCGUGUUUCAGCAGCCGUCGAGAGAUUAUAAUAUGAUAAUUGACGUUACAAAUCAUAGUACCGAUAUCACCAGAUACGCGAAGUUGGUGGGAAAAAUCGUCCAUAUUGACUACCCACACCUUCGGCAGGCGCUUGUUACGAAGAUAAGUGACGGCAAGACAGUCUACAGUGCCGAAGGAAAAAGCUUACUUAGCGAGACUGAAGAGAAAGAUUGUGCUCGCAAGGUCGAAAAUCUGCAAUCCAAACUUCGCAUUCGGUGGGGUAUCGAUACAGGCGAAGGAAAUCAGAAGCUACUGAUUACGUGUAAGCCGCUUGUCGGAAGGAAGUACAUCUACAAAAAUGAUGAUCAGGUAACCAUUGAACGUCAGUGGGCAGAGCAAGAGAAGAUAGUUCUACACAGCACAAUGGUUUGCGGUUUACGGGAGCAUGAACAAGAGGUGGCGCAAUUUCAAACAAUUAGUGAUGUCUUUGUUAAAGAUAAGCUCGUCUUUCUUCUCAGCCCCAAUGAGUACGGGAUGAAGGGAACUAUCUGUGGAUAUCAAAAAGGAGGCUAUCUCGUGGUGGAGAGUCGAUUUAGGGAAGAGCCUGAUUUUACUGAGAUCCGUAAGAGAGAACCGAAGCUACGAAAAAGGAAUUACUUGCCAGCAUUUAGAUUGGCGCGUGAACUUGGACUUGAUUCCCAUCUAGUAGCUCGACUGACGGGAUGUAUCCAAAUUCAGCUAAAUUCGACGGAGGCUGAUUCGUCGCAGCACGUCAACAUUGGGAUGAAUCUGAAGUUUAACAAAAAGAACGAGGAAGUAGUAGGCUUUUCAAAGAAGGUAACAACUCAGGAAGGAAAGACCGAAUGGCGUUUCUCGCAAGAUACGGUUGCGGCUCUUCGGGAGCUAAUCAUGACGUUCGGCGACUUUUAUCUGGCGUUAAAACAGUUCAUCGGGAUGGACAAGAUUCCCUUAGAAAAAUGUUUCCCGGGAGAGUCCUACAAAGAUGGGUUGAACAAAGCCCGCGAAAUUGCCAAGUGGAUCAAGGACCAGCCCUUCUCUAAGGCGCCACAUCAGACUUCUGGAGCCAUUGUGUUUGAUGAAGGCGUUAUCGAAGCAAUUCAACAGUGUGUGGAUGAACAUCUUAAAAGCCCGGAGAUUGAGCAAACUGUUAAGGUACACGUAACCGAUGUCUACUUGCCCAACGUUUGCGUUAAUUUAUUCGUUCCCGACAAGCGCGCGUAUUUCUGCAUGUACGAUCGUGUUGUCAACGUGCGGCCUGAUAUCGCUGUACCACUAGGUCUCAAGGGUACAGUUAUCGGCAUCCAUCGGGGCGAGCAGGAAGAUGAGCGUGAAGCAACGUAUGAAGUUCUCUUCGAUAAAGAAUUUGCGACCGGAAUUCAGAGCCAUGGAGUCAAGGGUCGACGGGUCGCAACACUAUCGGUUGUUUCGCUAAUAAACAUCACCCAUGGACAGCGGAUGUUGGACGAAUCUCAGAAAUCAGAAAUGCUGCGUCGCGAGCAUGGCGCAUAUCAGGCGGGAAAUCCAAUAACAGGACGUGCCAAGCAACAACAGACUCCUCAGCAGAAGCAGCAGCAGUCGAAACAGCAAUAUCAGCAAAACGUACAGUCGGACUUGCGGAAAUCUAAAAACGUAGCCGAAGAAAAGUCGAACAGUCGUCCGCUACAAAAAGACCAUUCUCGAAACAGAUUGGCCCAGUCUACAGGCCUUAUCUCUGGUAGCAAGCAGGAGGGUUCCCCCGCCGUUAGAGCAAAGAAAAAUGUGGGUUCAUCUGGAAAGUUUGAAACAGCUUUCCCGGAUCCAGUUGGCAUGGAAACAUCUUCAACAGAUAACAUCAUUACCUUUCUUUUCAACUCAAUAUCAGGCGUGAAGGCAUCACUUGGCCAAAACCCAAAUCCCGUUUCCCUAUCCACGGCGCCUACGCUCGUCAGACCUAUGGCUGUGGAAGCAACUCUGAGUACGAAAACAGAAAAUUCAGGGAAUGCUAGUAAUUAUACGCAGGGCAUUCCUAUAACGGUGACGCAACUUUUUGGCUUGUCCCAAACGGGGCAGCUAACCGAAACAGAGGCAGAGACGAAGCAGGAGCAUCAUAAUAUUUCAGCGAAGAUGAAGCAGAAGUACGGUGACUUUAGCAUGCAGCAAGCCACACCAAGCAAAAGCGUGUCUAAUGCAAGGCAGCCUUCAGCAAAUUACUUUAAUCAGCAAGGCCAACAGCUACAACAACGGCAGCAGCACCAGAAACAACAGCACUGGGAUCAAGGGCAUACUGCGCAUGGUCUGCCCGUCAAUCUCAUUCCUGGGGCAUGGAAAGAGAACCAACUAAAGGAGGUCUAUGGUUAUCAAAAGUAUCAGAGGGGUCUCCAGAAGGAUCUUAAUGAACCACACUAUCAUCCCCAACAAACGAGCCGUAAAAAUCAUACGGAUCAAUGUCAGAAGAACAAAUCGCCUCAUCAUCAACAAAGCAAACGUCAGGAUCAGCACGAAGACCAUUGCAAGGAUCCUUCUCAUAACAGACAACAGCGAGCGAGUGCAGCUCAGGCAAAUAAAGGCAGCUUCGCGUUCAUCCCAUCGCAGGUAAUGAUGGCCGAAGCCAAGGGACGUACUGCUGCUCAAAAAGGCGCCGCAAAGGCAGCGUCGACCCAGGGUGGUGGCGAGACGAAGCACUCAGAUCCGAUGAGACAUGAUAAAACACCGACUUUACAUACAACUGAUCAACGGCAACGCUCAGAGAACGUGUCGUCCUCUGCAGGCAGAAGCGCCGCCGGGCCAAGCGCAGGUCCGCCUCGUACCGGAACAAGCGUCGAGGCCAAAGUGAAUCGCACUCUUCGAGGCCGUCGAAUGGGGGCUAAAUUCGGCGAUGCCGAAGUAAAUCAGUAAAUAUAGUCACUCACCAAUAUUUUUUCUAGAGAAACCUUCAGUUACUGCGCAAUCAUUAUUGACCGACGUAUUUUGGGCGUACCGUCCAUUCAGUCAAAUCAAGUAAAGUUGGGUGAAGAUGCUAGAGAACAAUUAGACGGUGUGCAUUUGUACAAAGAUCACUGUCCCACGAGUGCUGAGUCGCAAUUUGAAGGAUAUCAAAAACGUAAUGUUGAACUAUUGCUAACGAUAGGACACCAAUUUUAGUGGCGAUUUUCUAUUUCAGCGGGCUGAAUUCGCUCUGUGUUGAUCUUUGUUUAUUCUUUCCCUGAAAAAAUUUCGUCAUUUUCAAACAAAUGUUUCGUUUACCGUUACGUUUGCGCAUGUCGACAUAUGGGUUAUCAUUUGGAUAUGACAAUAUGCUUCUGAAGAUUUAUUAAAUAGCUAACUAAACUUAGCACGUACACAUUCGUUUGGGCUUGUGUUGAGCUAAUAAUAAUAAUAAAUCUAAUAAUGGACAUCCAAAAAGAUAAUAACUCACUCAACUUUAGUAUAUUUCUUUAUUAUUAUGAUCCUGAGGAGUAGCCCUAUAGCCGGCUAAAAGAAAUACUUAUGCAAUCAUAACGUAGCUUUGGUUUAAAAAGAGAUGGAUUGAAACGCCUCAGUCAUGCAAAGUAUUAUGAAAUGUAAAUAUAAUUUUAUUAAACAUGCACUUUGUUGAAAUGUGAAAAUCUAUUGUAGAGCUACAGAAAAUGAACGUAGAAAGAAGAUCCUAUCUGGCUCUACUUAAGAUUCUUAUCAAGGGUUUUGACUAAUUAGUUAACACUUUAAUAGUGCCUGAAUGAUUAACAUUUAAGAGGCUUCGAAAUUACUAGUUACUAAUUAAACUUAUAUCGAAAUAAUAUAUGAAACGACUAAUCAUCCCAUAGUAUCCGGGAGACCAGACGUGACUUUUGUUUAUUUCAUAGUUAAUACGCAAAGGUAAUAAAUAGUAAUAAUGCAAAAGUAAAAAAAAAUUAAUUGUAUUGUGGUGAGUGAAUUUGAUUAAGACGCCCGCACAGGGAUAACAAAAGUGAUUAUGCUUGAAGCCUUUGUGAAAAUUAUAGAAUCCAGGUGGCCGACGAAAACCGUUUGUGAUAACAUAUCUGAGACUCCCAAUAACUGGCAGAAGAGUACAAAGGUGCUUCCACACGACAAAAGGUUGAUUGGAAAUUGUAUUGUAUUAGUCUUAUUGUAUUAUUUUUGGUAAUAUAGCUUAUGUGAAUAUGCGAUGCACACAUGUAUCUUUAGAUGAUCCUAUUAGGGACGUUAGAUACUAUUAAGACAAUAGCGCAGGCCAGGUGCGCUGAGUCAGUUUUGGAAACCGUGACAUUGGCAAGGUGCAGCUGGUACGCGUCUGUCCCUUAGACAACAACUGAAGGAUCUUUCAACAUGAGUUAUAAUAGGCAUUUGUCGAAACCGAGCUUUUAGUCAAUAUUUAAGAUUAAUAUUUCUAUAUUGAAUGACUUUUUGUAUAAAAAUACAGCAUCACGUGUGCACAACUAGUUGGAGAUUUCAGCAAGAAAUCAGCUACUUGCUGUAAAAAUAUGUAGAUUUUGUCGGUACAAUUAAUCUGCUCUAGAGUUUUUUAUAAAGACCAUAUAUAGAAAUAGAUGGGUACAGUCUUAAUUUGAGCUGAAUGUCUGAACUGUAAACUUAUUGAUUUUGCAUCUGCGGUGUCAAGAUAAAGUUAUCUCAGGUGUCAGCCACUAAGGCAGACAUGUACAAUAUUACCUACCGUGUAAUGUGUACGAUAACAAGUAGAAGUAUCGUUGAUUUGGCACACGGAGGAGAGAUUUACGGUGGCGGUAGGUUCGCAGGGUUAUUCUACUACUACUAUACCUGCGUAUAUAUAUGCAGUAAACACAACAUAUAUAUAUAUAUAUAUAUAUAUAUAUAUGUUUAUUUGUGAUUAGAUAACGUCAUUGGCAAAGUGAUAAAGCAAGAAAGACAAACUAAACAUUCAUUUUAUGAAAGAAAAUGAAGUUCAGCAGCCGAAAAUUUUACGUCACUUUAUAGCAAUA